AUGGCGGAUACAAGGGGACGAGGAGACGUUGUGAGUUGCAACGACAAGUGCGGCUGCUCUGUUCCAUGCCCCGGUGGGGUAACUUGCAGAUGCACGCCGACGAGCGUGGGUUACACCGCAGCCGGAGGUGAUCACAAGAUAUGCUCAUGCGGUGACCACUGCGGCUGUAGCCCGUGCACAUGCCUUAAGAGUGUCGAGACCACCGGUUCUGGCAAGGCCUUCUGCAAGUGUGGUGAGGGUUGCACAUGUGCAGCUUGCAAUGCCUGA